GACAGCAUACUCCAUGUUUGCAAGAAUAGCGUUCAUCAACCUGGCGGUAGUUGAUCUGCUGCUAUCUAUCUCAUCUGCUUGCAUACGAGGUCCUGGGUUCGUUGAUCCUGUCUUCAUAUGGGGGUCUAAAGUCGCAAAGUCAGGUACCAUCUUGAUAAAGUGAUUUAUUAAUUAAAUACCCGUGGCGAGUCGUUAAUUAUAUGUACAUCGAAGAAAUUAUUUGAAAACCGAUUAUUACAACAACUCGACUAACAGGUGAUUUCAGCAAAUGGUGUGAAGCUGGUACCCUAAUCACGUGGUUCAUCAGUGACCUCAGCUUGUUGGGUGUCAUCCCCCUUUCCUUCAUGUUCGUGUUCUUAUACUUGCCCUUCCUGUCGCUCACCAAACUCAGCGUAAGUCAAAGUUUCUUGUUAUAUCUGAAAAGAUUUCUUUAAGAGGCACACAUAAAAUACAACUUUAUUACCCAUAUAAACAUGGAUUAUUUCAGUUGUUGCUGUGCAUUAUCAGUUGCUGGAGUGUACCAGUAUUGGAGAUGAUGUUCAUACUCUCUUCCAUAGCUCAGAAGAAGAUUAUUGUUCAAUAUGAGGACGUGUACAGACGUUGCACUCUGAGGGGGGAAUAUUCACGCUAUCUAGACAGGGAAAAUGCUUCCGUCUUCUUCGCUAUUCCCCUGGGAAUUCAUAUCAUAUCCUGGAGUCUGAUCAUAUUUUACGUUUGUCGUGUUGGAAACGGUUAUCAGGACAAACAAUGGUGGAAAUUCCUUAAAACCGGGGUGAUAGUGGUAGUUACCUUCACCUUCACCUGGCUGCCCUACUUUAUAGCAGUGGUCUGGCAAACCAUGGAGCCUGACGGCUGGUUCACCUUUGUGUACUGCUUCCUCUACUCCUCCGUUAUACUGAACCCUCUAGUCUACGGGAUGAGGUCCAUGCAGUUUAAUGGUAAAACUAUCGGAGAUAUAGUACGGAAUCUGUGUGGGGAGUUCAGAGCUAGAGCCAUGUCCCGGGCCCGGCCAGCACCAGCUCUUAACCAGGUUGUAGGAGUGGAGAACAGUACUUACUCUUCUUAUCAGGAUCUGGACGAGGACGAGGGGGAGGAUAUGAACACUAUCGCUUAGCUUGACAGCUAAAUAAGGAACAUUUUAGUAACAAUUACGAAUUAAAAAGUAAAUGAGCUGGUGAUCAGUUGUCUCAGGUCGUCAUAGCAGUGACACUGACAAUGAAUAUUUUAAACAGAAUCGAUAUACCUUAUCGGACUUUAUUUGAGAGGAAAUUGAUUGGACGCUAAAGGACCUAGCGUUCAUUACAAUUUCCGUUCAAAUUUUGACGGACGAAGUAGAUGGCUCCUUGAGCGUUCAUUUUCAUGUAUUUCGUUCAAAAUCAUGUUCGUUCAUGCAAUUUCCGGUC